AUGAAGUGGGCUACUAUACUGCUAUUCCUUACAUUGACAAUAGCAACCAUUGUACCUGCUAAUGUGGAUUUGAAAGCUAGAAAGUUGGCUACUGCAACACAACCAAGACUGAGACCAGGUUCAGUGGUGAAGAGAUACGAUGCGGCAAACGAAGUCAAUAAUCCAGUGGUAACCGCACCAUUAUACAAAAGAGAUGAUGAAACAAUUAUGUUCAACUCUGCUGAUGAAGCCCAAAGACGGAAAAGAGACGGCAAAUAUAUUAUUCCCAAAGUGAAGCAAGAACUAUUCUUGUAA